CUGCCCUGUUUGAGCCACAGCGACCGCCGCGUGCCGGGGCUGCGUCCGGCUAGGCCUCCACUGGGCCCUCGAGAUGGGUGCUCUUCUGGGCGCCCCCUCCCCUGGCAGGGGCCAAGGACACUGCUGCUGCGCAAGAAUCUUCAGGACGGUUUUGGUUUCACCCUGCGCCACUUCAUUGUGUACCCGCCCGAGUCAGCUGUGCACUGUAGCCUGAAGGAGGAAGAGAAUGGAGGCCGAGGAGGAAGAGGAGGAGGAGGAUCCUCACCCCGGCACCGCCUGGAGCCUAUGGACACCAUCUUUGUGAAGAAUGUGAAGGACGGUGGCCCCGCCCACAGGGCGGGGCUUCGCACAGGAGACCGGCUGGUGAAGGUGAACCGGGAGAGCGUCAUUGGGAAGACAUACUCCCAGGUCAUAGGUCUGAUCCAGAACAGUGAUGACACCCUGGAGCUCUCCAUCAUGCCCAAGGACGAGGACAUCCUCCAGCUGGCCUACUCCCAGGAUGCCUACCUGAAGGGCAACGAGCCGUAUUCCGGAGAGGCCCGCAGCAUCCCAGAACCACCUCCACUCUGCUACCCACGGAAGACCUAUGCCCCGCCAGCCCGGGCCCCUGCCUGGGCCACGAUGGUGCCUGAGCCCAUCCCAGCCCUACCCACGGACCCCCGGAGUCCUGCUGCCUGGAGUGACCCAGGGUCCCGUGUCUCAUCUGCCACCCGUGCCCACCUGGACAACUCUUCCUUGGGGAUGAGCCAGCCCCGCCCAAGCCCUGGUGCCUUUCCCCACCUCCCUUCAGAGUCCCGGACGCCCCGUGCCUUCCCAGAGCCUGGCAGCCGGGUGCUUCCCAGCAGACUGGAGUGCCAGCAGGCUCUGUCACACUGGCUGUCAAAUCAGAUACCCCGCAGGGCAGGGGAGAGACGGUGCCCAGCCAUGCCACCCCGGGCCCGCAGUGCCUCCCAGGACCGGUUGGAGGAUGUGACUACCCACCAUCCAUGGCCCUGCUCCACCUCCCAGGAUGCCUUGAGCCAACUGGGCCAGGAGGGUUGGCACCGAGCUCGCUCAGAUGAUUACUUGAGCCGGGCUACUCGGUCUGCUGAAGCACUGGGUCCAGGAGCACUGGUAUCCCCUCGCCUUGAACGCUGUGGCUGGGCUUCCCAGCGUCCAUGUGCCCGCACCUCUGCUUGCCCUUCUCGAGACUUGCCAGGGCCCCAGGCCCCUCCUCCAUCUGGCCUACAGGGCCUGGAUGACAUCGGGUACAUCGGGUAUCGGAGCUAUAGCCCGUCAUUCCAGCGCCGGACUGGCCUUCUGCAUGCCCUCUCCUUCCGGGACUCACCCUUCGGGGGACUUCCCACCUUCAGCUUGGCCCAAUCUCCUGCAUCAUUCCCACCAGAGGCCUCCGAACCACCUAGGGUCAUCCGGCCAGAUCCUAGCACCCGAGCCCUGGAGCCUCCUGCAGAGGAUCAUCGCGAUGAGGUGGUCCUGAGGCAGAAGCCUCCAACAGGUCGCAAGGUCCAGCUGACCCCAGCAAGACAGAUGAACCUUGGAUUUGGUGAUGAGUCCCCAGAACCAGAGACCAGAGGGGAACGCCCAGGCAGGAAGGUGGCCCCUUUGGCCACUACAGAAGACUCCCUGGCUUCUAUUCCCUUCAUUGAUGAGCCCACCAGCCCCAGCAUUGACCUUCAAGCCAAGCAUGUCCCUGCCUCCGCAGUGGUCUCCAGUGCCAUGAACUCAGCCCCUGUCCUGGGAACUAGCCCAUCCUCACCAACCUUCACUUUUGCCCUCAGCCGCCAUUACUCCCAGGAUUGCAGCAGCAUCAAGGCAGGCCGCCGCUCCUCCUACCUGCUGGCCAUCACCACUGAGCGCUCCAAGUCCUGUGAUGAUGGACUGAACACCUUCCGGGAUGAGGGCCGAGUGCUCCGACGCCUUCCUAACCGCGUGCCGAGCCUACGGAUGCUGCGGACCUUCUUCACCGAUGGGUCUCUAGAUAGCUGGGGCACCUCUGAAGAUGCUGAUGCCCCCUCUAAACGACACUCAACCUCUGACCUCUCAGAUGCAACCUUCAGUGACAUCAGGAGAGAAGGCUGGUUGUAUUAUAAGCAGAUCCUCACCAAGAAGGGGAAGAAAGCGGGCGGCGGCCUGCGCCAGUGGAAGCGCGUCUAUGCCGUCCUGCGGGCGCGCUUGCUCUCGUUGAGCAAGGAGCGGCGGGAGCCCGGGCCGGCGGCUGCGGGGGCUGCGGCGGCCGGCGCAGGUGAGGACGAGGCGGCGCCCGUCUGCAUCGGCUCCUGCCUGGUGGACAUCUCCUACAGCGAGACCAAGAGGAGGCACGUGUUCCGGCUGACCACCGCUGACUUCUGUGAAUAUCUCUUUCAGGCUGAGGACCGGGAUGACAUGCUGGGCUGGAUCAGAGCGAUCCGGGAGAACAGCAGGGCCGAGGGCGAGGACCCUGGCUGUGCCAACCAAGCUCUGAUCAGCAAGAAGCUUAAUGAUUAUCGCAAAGUGAGCCAUAGCUCUGGGCCUAAAGCCGAUGCCUCCCCUAAAGGCUCUCGGGGCCUGGGAGGCCUCAAGUCUGAAUUCCUCAAGCAGACUGCGGUCCGCGGCCUCAGAACUCAGGACCAGUCUGCAGGAAGCAAGGAAGACACUACUGCAGCUCCCAGAACCCCCUGGGGUAUCAACAUUAUCAAGAAGAACAAGAAGGCCACCCCGAGGGCAUUUGGGAUCCGGUUGGAGGAGUGCCAGCCUGCCACUGAGAACCAGCGUGUCCCCCUGAUCGUGGCUGCCUGCUGCCGUAUUGUGGAGGCACGGGGGCUGGAAUCAACUGGCAUUUACCGGGUACCUGGCAACAAUGCAGUAGUGUCUAGCCUGCAGGAGCAGCUCAACCGUGGGCCCAGUGACAUCAACCUGCAGGAUGAGCGCUGGCAGGACCUCAAUGUGAUCAGCAGCCUGCUCAAGGCUUUCUUCCGGAAGCUCCCAGAGCCUCUCUUCACUGAUGACAAAUACAAUGACUUCAUCGAGGCCAAUCGGAUAGAAGAUUCCAGGGAGAGGAUGAAGACGCUGAGGAAGCUGAUCCGGGAUCUCCCAGGACACUACUAUGAAACACUUAAAUUCCUCGUGGGCCAUCUCAAGACCAUUGCUGACCACUCAGAGAAAAACAAGAUGGAGCCCCGGAACCUGGCUCUGGUCUUUGGGCCAACGUUGGUAAGGACAUCUGAAGACAACAUGACAGACAUGGUGACCCACAUGCCGGACCGCUACAAGAUCGUGGAGACGCUGAUACAGCAUUCUGAUUGGUUCUUCAGUGAUGACGAGGACAAAGGAGAGAGAACCCCUGUUGAUGACAAGGAGCCACAGUCGGUGCCCAACAUUGAGUACCUCCUGCCCAACAUUGGCAGGACAGUGCCCCCCAGUGAUCCAGGCUCAGAUUCCACCACCUGUAGUUCAGCCAAGUCCAAGGGUUCGUGGGUCCCCAAGAAAGAGCCUUACGCCCGGGAGAUGCUGGCGAUCUCCUUCAUCUCUGCGGUCAACCGCAAACGGAAGAAGCGGCGGGAGGCGCGGGGCCUGGGCAGCAGCACCGACGAUGACUCCGAGCAGGAGGCGCACAAGGCUGCGGUGGGGACGCAGGAGCCACCCGAGGGGCAGCUGCCGGGCCCUGCAGCCGAGGAGGCCCCCGGUCGCCUCAGCCCCCCGACGGCACCCGACGAGCGGCCUGCGGCGGACACGCGCUCCAUCGUCUCGGGCUACUCCACCCUGUCCACCAUGGACCGUAGCGUGUGCUCGGCCACCGGCGGGCGGCGCGCGGGCGCGGGCGACGAGGCGGACGACGAACGCAGCGAGCUGAGCCACGUGGAGACGGACACGGAGGGCGGUGCAGGCCCCGGGGGGCGCCUGUCGCGCCGACCGUCCUUCAGCUCACACCAUCUUAUGCCAUGCGACACUCUGGCGCGCCGUCGCCUGUCUCGCAGCCGCGCGGAUGCCGAGGGUCCGGGCGCGGGUACGGCCCGGGCGGGUCCCCGCGGUCCCGAGGCGCCGGGCUCGGCAUCAUCCAGCAGCCAGGAGUCGCUGCGGCCCCCGGCGGCCGCCCCGGCACUCGGCUCGAGACCUUCGCGCGUGGAAGCCCUGCGGCUGCGUCUCCGUGGUACCGCCGACGACAUGCUGGCCGUGCGGCUCCGGCGCCCUCUGUCGCCCGAGACGCGGCGGCGCCGGAGCAGCUGGCGCCGCCACACGGUGGUGGUGCAGAGCCCGCUGACCGACCUCAACUUCAACGAGUGGAAGGAACUGGGCGCAGGGGGCCCUCUGGAGCCCGCGGGCGUGCGACCGCACAGCGACAAUAAGGACUCUGGCCUUAGCAGCCUGGAGUCCACCAAGGCACGGGCCUCAUCCGCCGCAUCACUGCCAUCGGGGGACUUAGGGGCCCUGCAGGGUCUGCCCCCGCGCCGCUCAGCUGCCGCCCGCCUCCACCAGUGUCUGUGACACCCUCCCCUGUCCCGGGGCUGCAGGCAUUCCCGUCUCGUUUGUGCCCCCCUCAACCGCCUCCAGUGCUGCAGAAGGUUGGGGGCGGGGUGUGAAGGGCGGUGCUGGUGCCGCAGGCUGGAAUUAGAUGGGGUGGACCACAGUGGGAGUCCUCGGGAGAGGGGAGGGGUUACUGGGAGUCAUGUCCCUUGGAUAAAGAACAGAGUGGCCCUUUUCAGUGAGUCUACUUAGGGACCCUUGAUGACCCAUGCAGUGUCGGUGGACCGCCCAAGUUUCAUACAGAAGGAAAGAUACAGGCUGGAUUUGGGGGUCUGUCCUCUGCCCCGCCCCAAACCCAUUAGCUCCUAGCCAAGGAUGGGAGGAAGGAUGAAUGUCUGGGGAGCAGUUGUGUAGGUUGGGUGUUCAUGGGCGAGGGGGCUUGUGUGUGUGUGAGAGAGUGUGUAGUCACAGUGCAAAGGUGUUUGUUUCCAGUAGCAAUUUCUACCCCAACCCCUUCACUUCCCCUCCAGCCCCUGCCUUUAGUGCACACAGACAUCUUAGCCCCAAGUUUGUCAGGGCGGAGGCUGGGUUGAGGCCACUUCCACAGAGGCAGGACUGAACCCCAUUACUACCGAAGUCGUUCCUCACAUCCUUUGCCGACCUCUAAGUCACCCCUCUAAGCUCUCUGACCUGUGGACCUGCCUGCUCCCAUUUUGAUCUUGUUUUGUUUUGUUUUUGGAUCCCCCUGCUGCUGGUGUCUCCCUCCUCCUUGUUCACCCUGCUUCCCUUCCGCAGCUUAGCAUGCAGGCUCAGUCUUCAGUCGGGAAGGACUCUGUCCCUCAUUGAUGUAUAGGGUCUCAGCUAGGCUGUUCCUGCAGGGUGGGUGGGACCCAGCUCCUCUUCCCCCGCAUUGUAAAUAAACCUAAAGCACUAGUCCGCCCUCCGCCCAACCCCCUUCCAGGGGAACCCCAGUGGGGUGACCUGCCCUGCUGCCCAAGUCUGUUGGUCUUUCUGGUUUAUGCAAAGAUUUGCUGUAAAGUUUCUCCCCCUCCCUUUCACUGUAAAUAUUGUCUCUAAUGUGUAACAUAUUAUAAAGAAUUUAUAAGGAUUUUUAAAGAUGUUUUGCUCAUUUUAAAAAGUGUUGUAACAGUGUUGGAUAAACCCCCCACGUCUGCAUGGCUCCUCCCCCUGGGUCCUUGACACACCUCUCUAGGCUAUAACUAAGAUUCCUGCUUCUGAAAGUCCUGUCUUAAAAGUACAGUCUAUAUCUUGGAAAUAAAUGGCCUUCCUCAGGCAUGAA